GUCUAUUUCUGGCCCCCGCACAACGGGAACCCGCACGACCUGCUGGACAUCAAGCAGAUGAGGGACCGCAGCAGCCGCCCGGUAGUCAAGAAAAUUAAGCCAGGCAUCUCGGUGGCGGCUGCAGCCCCGGAGCAAGCUACUCCUUACCUGCGCCCUCUGCUGCAGUUCGCGGCAGCCCACGUCCCCGCUCAGAAGCACAAGGAAACUCCGCUCUACGUCCUGUGCACGGCGGGCAUGCGGCUGCUGCCCGAGAGGCAGCAAGCUGCAAUCCUGGAGGACUUAGUGAGAAACGUGCCUCUGGAGUUUGAUUUCCUCUUCUCCAAAUCACAUGCAGAAGUGAUCUCAGGGAAACAGGAAGGUGUCUACGCAUGGAUUGGUAUCAACUUUGUCCUGGGCCGGUUUGAUCAUGAGGAGGAGGAGGACGCGAUGAUCACUGUGGCAGUGGGAGACCAAGGAGAGUCCCUGGUUCGGAAACGAACAGUGGGGAUCUUGGACAUGGGGGGGGCUUCCCUGCAGAUCGCCUACGAAGUGCCUGACUCUGGAGCCUCCUCCUCCCCACAGCAGGAGGAGGCUGCUAAGAGCUUGCUGGCAGAGUUCAACCUGGGCUGCGACGUGCAGCACGCUGGCCACAUGUACCGUGUCUACGUCAACACCUUCCUGGGCUUUGGGGGCAAUUUUGCCCGCCAGCGCUAUGAGGACCUUGUGCUGAACCAGACUUAUGUGCACAACCGCCUGCACAGCCAGCAGAUGGGGCUGAGCCCUGAGACGCCCUUCUUGGACCCCUGUCUGCCUGUGGGGUUGGAGGACACAGUGGCUAGGGGCAGCCAGACCCUGUACAGUGAAUUUUAUGGCUUCUCUGAAUUCUUCUACUGUACUGAGGAUGUGCUGCGCCUGGGCGGCCAGUACAGCGCCCCCACCUUCACCACUGCUGCCCAGGAGUACUGCAGCCAGCGAUGGGAGGUGCUAACCCAGCGCUUCCGUGGUGGCCUCUACUCAGCUCAUGCAGACCAGCACCGGCUGAAGUACCAGUGCUUCAAAUCGGCCUGGAUGUACCAAGUCCUUCACAAGGGCUUCCAGUUCCCCCUGGACUACCCCAGCCUGCGCACAGUCCAGCUGGUGUACGACCGGGAAGUGCAGUGGACACUAGGAGCCAUCCUGUACAAGACACGGUUUCUGCCACUCAGGGAUCUCCGGCAGGAGAGCAUCCGGCAAGCACACACCUCCUGGCUGCGCCUCUCUUUUGUCUACAAUCACUAUCUCUUCUUUGCCUGCAUCCUGGUGGUGGUGCUGGCAAUAGUCCUCUACCUCCUGCGGCUGCGCCGCAUCCACCGCCGGCAGCUGCGCUUGGCCCAGCUCACCACACUCUGGCUGGACAAGGUGGUGGUGGUGCCAGGCCAGGGAAAUGGGCCAUAA